AUGACGGGCCGCGUGUUACAGGACGAGAUCCGCGCUGACUAUAUCAUCGCGGAGAACUCGUGGGUGCCGCUGUUCCUCGACCAAGCGCGGACCCAGAAGGCCUUUGAAAGGCACGAGCUGAACGACCGCAACUGCUGCGACACCCGCGACAAGUACAAGAAGGAUAUCAAGACUCGUGGGUUCAUUGUCGGCGGGCGCAACGAGAUGGUAGUGAUGCGACGGUCAAGCUCAACUGACAACAGCUUCUGGAUCCUCAGCGGGGCUCACGUCAUCGAGGCCAUCUACGAUGCCUUCGACGACAUGGUGAAGUCCAAGAGGCACAAUCCACAGGUGGCAGCUACAGUCAUGAAGGGGAUCCCCAUCACUGAGGCCGACCACAGGACCCCGAUUGAUGUGGUCACCCACCUCACGGACGUUGGCAACAUCCUGAACGGGAUCGGCACCAAGACCACCUUCGUUCAGGCCAUGAAGGUCGCCGCCGAGGCCAGCGGGCAGGCGGCUCCAGAGGUGGACCCCGGGGCUGAGCAGGCUGAGGAGGAGAAGGGCGAUGGCCCCAGCAGGGCAAGUCAGGAAGGUCUCGAGACGGAGUUUGGACAAUUCAUCGAACAGAAAUAUCCUGGUCGGUGGACGUCGUUUGCAUCUUUCAAGAAGUGCAGGGCGCUGCGCAACAAGCUCUCGAACGCCCUGUUCACCAAGUUCGAAAAAUACAUGAAUCAGCACUGCAUCUUCUCCGACAAUCGCAUCGACAACGUCGCGGUGUACGGCGUAUUGCACGAGGUGAGCGCGAUCCUGACGAAGGUUGGUAUGCUGUCUUAUUUCGUCGAGGUAGCUGCAUUUUGCGUCCCGACCAACGACGGGACCCCGUGGGUCAUCCAGGUCCCCAAGGACGCCGAGAAGCUCAAGGUCCUGACUCGCGACAUGGUGCAGUCCAAAGUCUUUCAGGCGUCGUUGGCCUCGCAGAACCCCGGAGUUUUGACGCAAGAGGGACGCAAGCCCCAGCAGGGUGGCAAGAAGAAGCGCAAGCGCGCUGAGACAGAUCUCAUAGCAGACCAUGUCGCCCAGGGCAAGCCCGUCCCCUUCUUGAGGGACGUUGUCAACACGCUGGAGCACACGCUAGAUGGAGUGCCGCCCGAGUCCAUCGACUUCAACAUUACUUUUUGGCUGCUGCUGAAGGCAAUUGAGUUCGGCCUGGUCGGCCUCAAGCAGGGGGUCAAGCUUCCAGUGAAACCGUCUGCUAAGGUAGACGGGAAGGCCGUCAUCCACCAAUUCAUCCAACAGGAGCAGCGGCGCUUGGACAAGGAGGGCGCGGAUGAGCCUGAGCAGCCGGAGGACGGCGGGGAGGCCGAGGGCGGCCAGACGGGCACGGAGCCGGAGGAGCCUGAGGAGAUCAAGGUCAAGGAAUUCAAGGCGUACCACCGUCUGCGACCGCACCUCAAAAUGCUGGCUGCAGUUGCCCACGGCCUUGAUGCGAAUGGCGCUGAGGAUGGUGAUGAUGCUCAGGAGGGCGGCGGAGAGCCUGAGGCCGAGGCCGCCGAGGCGUCCGCAGGGUCAGGCGAGAGGAAUAAUAAGGCGCAGAAGACCGAAGCGGCGAAUUCAACGCUGCAGGAUGACAUCAAGAGAGCAGCGAAGAGACUGGGGGUGGAUCCAGCUUGCAUGCAGAAUAUUUGGGAGAUCUUUCAGUCGGGUGGCGAUGACGUCAAGCGCGCGCUGACAACGACUAUCACGAAUAACCCCCCGUGCAAUUUGGGUGGGCCAAGCAGGGUCGCGAGGCUCGUCAAGAGGACUCACAAGGCGUUCGGUGAUGCCAACACUUCGAUUUACAGGAAGCUCUCUGGUGUCGGAAAGAUGUCGCUGGAGGAGUUGGUCGAUUUGGUAGAUCUCGAGACGGCUGAGAAGAAUGUCCUGGGCAUGAUCGCCGAUGCCGCCUGGAACGCCAUCGACGAAACUUGUUUCAAGGUGGCGCGGAACCUGUACACCUUCCAUGACAAUGUCAACUGCAGUGCCUCCGACCUCCGCGCCAUGGCCACGAUCUGCGAGGCUUUCGACAUGGUGGCGGAUAUCUUCAGCAACAAGCGCUCUGUCGAGACGUUUCUGAAGUACAGGUUCGUAUACUGCAUGGCGCUCUGCGAGGAGACGUCGCAGGCAAUCCAUGACAUUGGAGACCUCCGCGUCGGGGCCGAGGGCGAGAGCGAGUCGGACCUGAAAGCGAAGCGCGAUAAGCGCAAGGCUUUGCGCGCCUACCUCGAUCACACGGCGAGUUUCAUGGCCGCGUCUCUGGAGGAGCUGGCAAGCAUGGAGUUGGCAGACAUCGGCAAGCAAUCGUGGGUGUCUCGGGUCCAGAACGCUGUCAAGAGCGCAGCAGGUACCACAGUGCCAGUGGAGACCAACUUCGAGAAGUUCAAGAGGACCAAGCUUUCCCAGUUCAAGGCGAUGACCCUGCCAGCUCUGAAGUCUGAGUGCGAGAAGAUGGAAGUGGAUUACGAGGACGGUUGGAAGAAGGACGCCAUCGUCGAGAAGCUCGUGGACAAGGCGAUCGAGGACAAGCAGUCAGCUGACCUCGCGGCCAACGAUGCCUUCUUCGAGAGCGUCCGGGGCAUCUUGGGGUCUCUGCCGCAGGACGGCCCCGUCGACGACCAGGCCGAGGCGGAGGACAGCCUGGAGUCCGCCAAGGAAGAGAGCCAAGCCGCCAAGGAUGAUGCCGCCUUCCACCUGGUUGUAAAGGAUGAUCCAGCUGUCAGGGCUUAUUUGCGCACCAUCGGAAAGGCGCAGGCGUGCGCAUCGUGCGCGACGGCCUGGCUGAUGGCAAGCUUCACUCCGCCGACGGCCAGCGUCAAGCACAGGUUCAACAACAAGGGCAAGGCUGUGCCUGGCCGUCUGUACCACGACUUCCGGGACGUCGACUGGGGGCUGGCGCUCCCAGGCAAGAUCGUGCCUGUUCCUGUGGGGACGCCGUUGCAGGUGGGUAAGCAGAUCAAGUGCGGGUGUGUGAAGGUUUGCCCAGACAAGGCGGAUCUCAAGACGGUGGUCACAUUCGACCUGUACCUCGUCCCGGAGGCCCACCACCUCGACGUCAUGUCUGACUCCUACUCCCCAGCUUGGACGGUCAGGAGCUUGCCCCUGGGGCCGCGGACUGAGGGCGGCGGGCCGACUGCCAAACUGAGCAAGGAGAAGACGAUGGUCUUCGACUGGACUUGGAAGGAGGAGAAGGAGGAGGAGCAGAUGGGCGAGGCGGAUGCAGAGUCGGUCAAGACUGUCGAGCCGCAUGCUGGCGGCAAGAAGCAGAUGGUGGUCAUGGUCGAAGGCUGCUGCGUAGAGGUCAGCACGCACGUCAUCAAGCCGAUCCCGCAAGAGUUCGAUACGGCCUGGCAGGUUCACGGCUGGGGCGAGUCCGACUUCCUGGAGGUCGUGCGCGAGCCCACGGAGAGCGAGCGCGCGCACAUGCAGAGGGUCGCAGCCGCUAAGGCCGCUCGCCAGACCAGGAGCCAGGCGCAGAAGGAGGAGGCCGCCUUGCAGAAGAUGGGCGCGCACAUCAUGAGGUAG